AGACAGGAGUCCAAAUACUUGAAGUUAAACUUCGUUUCAGCCUAACUUUCAAUUCAGCAACUUGUAAAUCAGUAAAAUUAAUAUGUUGAGCUCUUCAAUAGCCUUGCACUUGCUGCCAGUAGUGCCUGCUGGCAGCAGUGGCCGGUUCUCGUCGGCGGCGGCGCGAAAAUCAAAGGGAACAACCAAACCAACAAGCUCAUUUACUGUGUCAAAUAAGAGCAUUAAUUUUUUCGAUGAAUUACAAAUAGAACAAGUCAUUGAGAGACAGUCCAAAUGCUUAAUUCCCAAAAAACAAACUUAUGAUCCUUCUCUUCUUAGAGAGGCCUACAAGAGUUGCCAAAAUAUUUGUGCUCAGAAUGCUAAGAGCUAUUAUCUAGGAAGUUUGUUGUUGACUGAAGAAAGAAAGAAAGCAAUAUGGGCUAUUUAUGCUUGGGGCCGGAGGACAGAUGAGCUAGUGGAUGGUGAAAAUGCCAAUCACGCGAGUUCAGCUGCGCUGGAUAUCUGGGAAAAGAGGCUUGAGGACAUCUUCAACGGAUGCCCACAUGACACAAUUGACACUGCCUUGGCUGAUACUAUCCAGCAAUUUCCCUUAGACAUCAAGCCAUUUAAAGAUAUACUAAAAGGAAUGAGAAUGGACACAUGGAAGACUCGUUACAACAACUAUGAAGAGCUUGAACUAUACUGCUACUAUGUGGCUGGAACAAUUGGCCUAAUAACUCUUCCGAUAAUUGGAACCUCACCGGACACAGUAAUGUCUACACAAAGCAUUUAUAAGGCUGCGAUUUCCUUGGGAAUCGCUGACCAACUAACUAACAUCCUUCGAGAUGUAGUCGAAGAUGCUUCGAUGGGGAGAGUGUACCUUCCACAAGACGAGCUCCGAGAGUUUGGCUUAACAGAGGCUGACAUCUUCUCUAGGAAUGUCACAAAGGAAUGGCGAGAACUCACAAAGAAACAGGUAGCAAGAGCAAGAUACUAUUACGAUCAAGCAGUGGAAGGCAUUUAUCAGCUAGACCGUGCUAGUAGAUGGCCGGUGUGGGCAUCAAUGAUGUUGUAUCGGAAAAUAUUGGAUAAGAUAGAGGAAAACAACUACGACAACUUGACAAAGCAAGCAAGAGUUGGGAAUGCUGAAAAGCUUCUUAUGUUGCCACUAGCUUAUGCCAAAGCCAAGGGGUGGCACCGUGGCAGUGUCCAGAGACAAAACUCAAUCUGUCUAUGAUUAGUAUAAUUAACCAGCAAUAAAUUAGUAUAAGAACACUUACUUUAAACAGUUGAUUAAACCAAUUGAUGUUCUGCCAAAAUAAGAAAUAAUUGAGAUGCAAGAUGGACCACAAAAUAGGGAAAAUUGAAAAUUUGAGUCAACGUUAAGGCGCUCCGUUGACAUGUAAUUUAGAUGUGUAACUAUGUCACUUUCUCAUGAAUCUUCAUCUCUCAUUAUAUAGUAAUUAAUUAUUUUUUAUUUGAA